AUGACGGUGACAGAAAGUCAAUCUUUAGAUUCACAGCUGGUUACAGCAGUUUCUGAGGGGCAAACGCUAUUCCAUGACUUGGGUGUACCUAAUGUCAAGUACUUGAAAAAGUCAGAUGGUGUUGACUAUUCCUCAUCAUAUAGUGCACAGGAAUUCCUUGCUGCUAUGUCUGAGACAUUGGAUAAGAAACUGGAAAGUGACAUGAAAGACUCUCCAGCUGUUGCUGUUUUAGCUGAUGAGCCCACAGACAUUAGUGUCCACAAAAGACUUGUUAUCUAUGUGCAACUUCUGAACCCUGUCACAAUGAAAACUUGUACUCGCUACCUUACAAAUGUCCAGUUUCAUGAAGGAACUGGUACUGCUAUUGCAGCUGAAAUAUUCAGCCAGUGUGAAAAAAGAGGUGUGACCUGUAAAAAGAUUAUGGGACUUGGUUCAGACGGUGCAAGUGUGAUGACAGGGAAGGGGAAAGGUGUAGCUGGAAUGAUGAUGCGUAAAAAUCUUCACAUAAUUAAUGUUCAUUGUGUGGCACACCGUCUAGCCCUUUCAACAAGCCAGGCAGCUGAAAAUAUAGCUCCCUUAAAGGAAUAUCAAGAAACCAUCACUUCCAUAUACUAUUACUUCAAAUAUUCACCGAACAGGGUAGCAAGUUUGAGUGAAAUUCAGAAAGUUUUGAAUGAUCCGCAACUUCGAUAUAAGGAAGUACACAGUGUUAGAUGGCUGUCCUUUUAUAACGCACUGGAAACUGUCCACAGGACUUUAGACUCUCUACUUACAUAUUUUGCGGAGACUGUCAAUUCUAAGGAUCCAAAAGCUGCAGGAUUAAAGAAGAAGUUUUGUUUGUUUAUGGACUGA